CACCCCCUCGGUUUGGAGCAACUCGUUCCGCACAUCCGACUCAGGCCCACUGCACGCAGAAAGCAAGAAGCACACGUCAUGGCACCUGUCCUCCGGACGCUCGUGCUUGCGUUCGCGCUCCUGCAAACGGCGCCGGCGGCCGACCUCAGUGACACCGUCUUUGUGGUGACGGUGAGCUCCCGGGUGGAGGGGGGCAAACAGGAGACCCUGUGUGCUCAGGUCCACGGGCCCCCCAAUCCCGUCAACCUCACCGUUGCCUUGGAGACGGACUCCAGCAGGACCGUCCUCCUCCAGGAGGACGUCACCGCAGACUUCUACCGCUGCUUCAGCUUCCAGGUUCCUGUCGUGCGCUCCAGGACCGUGGCGACGGUCAACGUCACCAUCCAGGGGGGGGGCACCCCCAUCAGCAUGGAGACCAAGAUCAGCAUCGAGCCCCCGGCCUUCAUCCACCUGAUCCAGACCGACAAACCCCUCUACAAACUGGGGCAGACCGUUCAGUUCCGAAUCGUCUCCAUGGACGUUCAUUUCAUCCCUGUGGAUCGAGUGUACAAUGUUGUGGCGCUCCAGGAUCCCAAUUCAAACCGCAUAGCCCAGUGGUCGAACAAGACGGUCGCCAGGGGCAUCCUUGACCUCGCCCACCGGGUGAUCCCCGAGGCGGCACAAGGAACCUACACCAUCACCGCCUCUACGGACCAAGGAGAGCAAAUCUCCCACAGCUUUGACAUCAAGGAAUACGUUUUGCCAAAGUAUGAAGUAGAGGUGCAUCUACCCGGGGUGAUCAGCAUCCUGGACCAAGAGGUGACGCUGAGAAUCUGUGGAAAAUACACUUAUGGGAAACCUGUUAUUGGUUCAGUCAAGGCAGUUUUUUGUAAACGGUUAUAUUGGUAUUACCCAAGAAAUACCCAACAAACGGACCCGUGCAAGACGUAUGAAAUGACUACGGACAAAAGUGGUUGUGCCACACAAACCGUGGACCUGAACGAGUUUUCUCGUAAGGGGGGGCACAAUGCCAACUUCUUCGACCUUACCGCCGAGCUGCAGGAGUUCGGCACCGGGGUCGUUCUGAAGGGCGAGGGCCGCAGCACCUUCAGCAGGAUCGUCCGAAAGGUCACCUUCAAGGAAGUACCCAGUGCCUACAAGACCAGCAUCCCAUUGGAGGGAAAGGUGAAAAUGGUUGGUGCAGACGGAAAAGCUGUGGCCAACGAGGCGGUUUACCUGUUCCACGGCAGCCACCUGAACCUAACGCUCACCACGGACUCGAAGGGCGUGGCUUCGUUCUCUCUGGACACGACUCUCUGGACGGACACGGUGCAUCUCGUGGCGACUUCCAGAAAGGAGAAGAGCACCGAGCCCGACAUGUACGGUAUUCACAUCACGGCCGACCAGCGGGUGGCACCCUUUUUUUCCAGGAGCAGCAGCUUCCUGAAGCUCGUACAGGUGAGCGGGAAGUUGGCCUGUGACCAGGACCAGGAGGUGCGUGCUCGCUACAUCAUCCAGGGGGAGGAGCUAAAGAAGGAACAGGAAGUCCUGGACUUCUUUUACCUGGUGAUGUCCAGAGGUGGAAUUGUGCAGCACGGUCGAGUCCCAGUGGCUGUUAAAGCAGGAACUGUGAACAAAGGGGAGGUCUCCGUCUCCCUCCGUCAGGUCACCGGUCUGGCGCCCGUUGCCCAGGUGGUGGUUUACACCGUGAUGCCCGGCGGCGAGGUCGUGGCCGACAGCCACAACUUCCACGUCAAGCUCUGCCUCAAUAACAAGGUGUCUCUGAAGUUCUCGUCCCUUCAGGAGCUCCCAGCAGGGAGGACCACGCUGGGUCUGCAGGCUCAUCCGGGCUCCCUCUGCUCCGUCAGGGCCGUGGACCUCAGCGUCCUGCUGCUGCAGCGCGAGCAGGAGCUCACCGUGGACUCGAUCUACAGCCGGCUGCCUUUACAGAAGCUGUCGGGAUAUGCCAGCGAUGUGAGCGACCCGGCUCCCUGCUUCAGGUGGCCAAGAGCAGAACCUGAGAUGGUGGACGACGUCUACAGCAUCUUCAAAGAAAUAGGGAUCAAAAUUGUGACCAACUCGGAUGUGAAAAAGCCUCAUAACUGCGACGAAGGCCCUUUGCUUCUCUAUGACUACGUCGAGGAAGGCGGGGAAGUCAUGCUAUUUUCAAGGCUGCUCAUGAAUUCGGAGACGGAGAUGAGCGCGGGGGAACAGAAGGACAAGAAGGAGGAGGUGGUGGUGGAGAAGAAGGAGACAGUCAGGACCUUCUUCCCUGAGACUUGGAUCUGGGACCUUGUUCCUGUGGGGGACAGCGGCUCGGUGGACGUGGAGAAGACGGUGCCCGACACCGUCACCAAAUGGGCCGCCGGGGCGUUCUGCGUCUCCUCCGUGGGCUUCGGCGUGGCGCCAAACGCAGAACUGACGGCCUUCCAGCCGUUCUUCGUCAGCCUCACCUUGCCCUACUCCGUCAUCCGAGGGGAGGUGUUCACCCUCAAAGCCACCGUCUUCAACUACCUGUCCAAGUGCAUCAUGGUGAAUGUGUCGCUGGCCGAGUCGGACCAGUACGACUCCCGGCGCUGCGAUGGCUGCCGGUACCGAGCGUGUCUGUGCGGCGAGGAGAGCCGGACCUUCUCCUGGGUCCUAACGCCCACCUCUCUGGGUCAGGUGGAUCUGAAGGUCAGUGCUGAGGCCCUGAGGACCGACCUGCUGUGCGGUAACGAGGUGGCCGUUGUCCCCGAGGCGGGACAGGUGGACUCAGUGGUCCGAUCCCUGCUGGUGGAGGCUGAAGGGACGCCACAGAUGGCCAGUCACAACGCGCUGCUCUGUCCUGAAGGGGGGCCCGUGGAGAAGAACGUCUCCCUUCUGAUGCCCGAGGUGUUUGUGGCUGGAUCGGCCAGGGCCUCCGUCUCUGUUGUGGGGGACCUGAUGGGCCGGGCCUUGAAGAACCUGGACCAGCUCCUGGCCAUGCCGUACGGUUGCGGCGAGCAGAACAUGCUGCUGUUCGCGCCCAACGUCUUCAUCCUGGACUACCUGAGGAGCACCAACCAGCUGACGCAGGAGGUUCAGAGCCGCGCGACACGCUUCCUGGAGGCCGGAUAUCAGAGGGAACUCACCUACAAGCACGACGACGGCUCCUUCAGCGCUUUUGGGAAGAGGGACGAGUCUGGAAACACGUGGCUGACCUCCUUCGUGAUGAAGUCCUUCGGGGGGGCGCGGCCGUACAUCUUCAUGGACGACGCCCACAUCGGUGACGCCCGGCGGUGGCUGAGCCGCCUGCAGCGGCCCAACGGCUGUGUGCGCUCUGUGGGGAGGCUGAUACACAACGGCAUGAAGGGAGGAGUCAGCGACGACGUGUCGCUAACGGCCUACAUCACCGCCGCUCUGCUGGAGCUCCACGCCAAGGACCCGAUGGUUCAGGGGUGUCUGACCUGCCUGAAGGAGGCCAUGUCCGACCAGCUGGAGAACCUGUACACCUCCGCCCUGAUGUCCUACACCUUCGCCCUCGCCGGAGACAAGGACGCGAAGGCCGUGCUCCUCGCUCGCCUACAUCAGAAGUCCAGCACAGAGGGUGGCGGCCGCCAUUGGAGCAGAGCCGGGGCUUCUGGGAAAGGUCCGGACUCCCUGGAGGUGGAGAUGACGUCCUACGUGCUGCUGGCGCUGCUCUCCGGUCCGGCCGUGCCGGGCUUCGGACUCGAGUACUCCUCGGACAUCGUGCGCUGGCUGGUCCAGCAGCAGAACCCGUACGGGGGGUUCUCCUCCACGCAGGACACCGUGGUGGCCCUCCAGGCUCUGGCCAAGUACGGCGCCGCCACCUACAGCAAGGAGGGCGUCACCACGGUGACGGUGACGUCGUCGGGGGGUCCAAGCCGGGAGUUCACGGUGGGCGGGGUCAACCGGCUGCUGUACCAGGAGGAGGAGCUUAGCCAGCUGCCGGGGGAGUACUCGCUGCGGGCCCACGGGCAGAGCUGCGUGCUGGCUCAGGUCUCCAUGCAUUACAACAUCCCUCCUCCACCCGAUUUCUCCGCCUUCAACGUCUCCACCUCCGUGAUGCCCAAGUGCAACAUCAGCCGGCCUCAGCUGGUCCUCUACGUGCACUUCAGGUACCAGGGCAGGAGAGAGGAAACCAACAUGGUCAUCAUCAACAUCAAACUGCUCUCUGGAUUCAUCCUGGAUCAAAGCUCCCUGAAGCUGCUGAAGAGCGACCGCUCCAUGAAGCGCGUGGACGUGGAGGAAGGAUUCAUCAACAUCUACUUAGACGGGCUGAAGAAAGAUGAGACGAAGGUCCUCAGUGUGACUGUGGAGGAGGACGUCGCCGUGAGGAACCUGAAACCAGCUGUGGUGAAAGUCUACGACUACUACCAGACCAGCGAUGAAGCCGUCACUGACUACACUUCCCCCUGCGCCCAGUACGACGCAGAGAACGAGCUGUAGAAUCCGGAGCCAACAAAGAAACUUCCACGUGUGCUUCUUCUUAGAGAAUAUUUUUCCAUUUCUUCUUUUGCUUUGUGAUUUAAAGACAAGCAGACAAUGUUUUCUUUCUCUCUCUUUAAUAGAUUUGACAAAAUCCACAUUAUUCAGACAGAGAACCAACCCCAGUCUGGUCAGAGUAUUGUGUGACAGGAUCUACUUUCUAGGCAUAAAACAAGUCCUGUUUGUGUGUUGUACCACUUUAAAAAAAAACAAAAGGUAGAUCCAUACAUCACUACCAUUUGAGAUGUACCUUGACACACUGACAUAAAUGAUACAAAUGUGUACUCAUCUUUUAAUAAACUACUGUUCCAUUUCAAUAGCAGUCAUUAUUUCAUUUUUUCAUUCAGGCAGCCUCUUUACAGUAGAUUUAAGUUUCCUUUUCUUAAUCACAGAUCACCAAGGUAACGAUUUAACAGCCUUGCCAGUGAUAAAUAGUUUGGUUUUGGGAAAGCCGGGGUGGGGGGAGGGGACAAAAUAUAUUACGAUUGUUCCUUUUUAUUUAUUUUUUUAAGAAGUAAACAUGUCACUAUCUCAGGCACCACAACCAUAAAUAAUAAUAAUUACUGUAGCAACACACUUCCACAUGCUCAGAAUCACAGCUCCAGACCGAUGGAUCGAUACCUGCAGGUCACACAGUGGGGGGGUUACAUCCAUCGACCACCUUUAACUCAAUGUAUAUUACACCAAACUUCCACAGCUGUUGGCAUCAUUUUUU